CUACUAUCUGGGCACAGAAUAAAGAUCAGUGUGCCUUAUUCUGUGAUCUGGGUGAACAUACCGGGGGGGAGGUUGGUGAAAUUAGGUAUAAAAUUGCGGCGAAUGGCGGUAAAUUUGCAAAUGAAAAUAAUCGAAAAUAAAAGACAUAACAAGUGUAUUUCUUUACCAAAAAUCUCUUGAAACAAAGAAUUGGAUAAAUGUCUAAACGACAGACAUGCGUUGUGUUAUCACUGGAGAAUCUGUGAGGCUUUUUGCGAGAGCAAUUCAUUGCCUUGCAAAGAUUGGCCAUGAAAUUUAUGUCGAACCAUUGAAGAAAGGGCUAUCACUAAGAACGGUAAAUUCUACAAGAUCAGCUUAUGGAUGUUUUAUAUUUAUGACAAGUUUCUUUCAAACUUAUGAUGAUGGUAUUUCUGAUGACGACAAUUCUUCUAACGACGGACUUAAAUGUAAACUUUCGGUGAAAUCAUGUCUGACUGUGUUUAAAUCUCUCAGCACUAUUGACAGAAUGGUUGAUCGAUGUUCAAUCAGAAUGAACGGGCAAGAAGAGGAAUUAACAUUCCUCCUUUACUGUCACCAUGGUAUUACGAAAACCUAUAACUUGUCAUACCAAGAUUGCGAAAGCUUGCAAGCAGUCUUUACCAAAGAUUUCUCGCCAAAUUUGAUCAACGUCCAACCCCGAAUACUUGGUGAGGUUGUGACGAAUUUCCAAAACGCGCAAGAAGAAAUCUCGUUAACAGUUUGUCCGCAAAAUAUGGUAGUCACUAAUUAUGUUGACGAGGACGAGGACCCUGCAAAGGUGAUUAACACGAAGAUGGUCUUGGUUGCCGAAGAAUUUGAAAAAUUUCAAAUUGGAGUCGAUACCGAAAUAACAUUCUGUUUAAAAGAACUAAAGGGAAUCAUAAUGUUUGCAGACUCUACCGACCACAACUUGGAUAUUCAUUUUGAAUCUGCGGGGAAACCGAUCGUAUUUAGUUUGGCAAGUGAUCCAACUUUUGAAGCCAAUUUUGUCCUCGCAACUUUGAUUGAUCUACCUGGAACACAAAUGUCUGAACAGACAAACAGACAGAAUGGAUCACAGAAAGUGAGCGACCCCAAGGAAAGUGCAAGUCCGUCACAUUCUCAACACAUGCUCGACAACGAGUUUGAUUUAGAUGCAGAGGAAGACUGGGCCAAUGACAUCAUUGCUGCAGAAGAACAGAGUGUCCAACAAACAUCAAGGAGAAAUAGUGGAGAUAAACAUCCUGGCUUUGAUGAUUUUUUUCCAUUUCAAGAUGGAAAAAAAGCAAGCACGUCUUCUCAAAGAAGGAAGUCAAAUGAAGAGCAUGCGAUCUCUGUGAAGAACAUACGAUCACCACCACACAGUGUGCCAAGCGAUUUAGCAUGUGCUGAAAUGCCAGGCAGUAUGAGUGUUGAUUCAGAGAAGUCACCGGGUAAUAGCAAUAAAAGCUUAUUACAUGAGGGCAAUACAUGGGUGGAUUUAUACUGGGCUAAGUUUCAUUCCUCCCAGGUUACAAUAAAACAAUGUACACUCCAGAGGACUUGGUUACCUCAGGACCCUUAUUGAUAAUAGAUACUUUUGCAUCUGAAAGGGCUACACUGAAUUUUAUAUAAGUUUCAUUCAUUCAAUAUUUUUAAAUGUUUUUAGGUAUAGCAGUACGAUCUGGCAAAAAUAAAACUGUACGACAAAAACCCAGAGGGAAAAAACACGAAGGCAAAGUUUUGGUUGAUGACGAACAAACACAAGACAGUAUUCCUAGUACACCACCAAGUAAAAAGUUUAAGUCUAUGUUCUUCAGUGCAAUGUCAGGCAGGAAGAACAAUACAACUGUCGAGAAACAGUCUAAUGCAACCGUAGUUCUAGUUGAAGACUCUGAUGUGGAAUCUGAUUAACAUUUGAUUUCACUUCCACUGACAGUUUUAUCCCACUCAGCAGUAACUGGUGGUCAACUUGCAGAUAUCAGAGUGAAAAACAAUUUCCUUUCCACUUUUUCAUAGUAUGGUCUUGUAUUUGGUGGCAAAUAAAAGAUGUACGAAGGAGAGUAAACGCUUCAGAAUUUGACCACCAUUUGCCGUCCUGGUUGUUGAAAAUCCACCAAUGAAAUGAUAGCAGAAACUACUUUCUAGGUUUUCUCUGCAUGCUUUGGUUUUAAUAUAGUAUUUCUAUAUAUGCAUAUAUCUAGCCUUAUAUCACACUUGCGUCGGUUUUCUUUGUUCGUCCAAGGUUUAUAACUAGCUUAUAUACCUUGAAUAAAUGAUUGGAUUAAACUUGUAGACAAAACACGAGAAUUUUUCAUUAAAAAUUUUUGAAAAUGACAAAAUAUGUUGGAAAACCUCCGCAAGUGUGAUGUAAGUUAGUUAUAAACCGAAUAAGUCGGUUUAUAACUGAUAUAUUGCCCCUCGGACGCUACGCUUCCUCGGGUCAAUAUAUCAGUUAUAAACCUCCUACUCGGUUUAUAACUCUUACUUAUGCCAGCCAUGUUUAAAUGCUUUAUGGUUUAUGGAAUGCAAUAAAAAUCAUACACCCUAAGUUUACUUGGUGUAGUAUAUUUCUUGUUACAUGAACACCACCAGUACAUGAAC